AUGAGCGUGGAAAUAUUCCCACCUUCCUUGAUCACCAUCCUCUUUUUUAUUCUUCUUCUUCCAAUUUUAGCAUCUUCAGCCUGCACAUGUGAAAAGCAACGCAAAGAUCAAAACAAAUCCAAGGAAGUGCUCCGAUAUAAACUAGUUGCAAUAGUUUCAGUUCUAGUUUCUGGUGCUCUAGGAGUUUGCCUUCCGUUUCUGGUGAAGAACAUAUCGUCGAUUCUCCACCCGGAUAAGGACUUUUAUCUCCUAAUCAAGGCCUUUGCAGCUGGGGUGAUCUUAGCAACAGGGUUUGUUCAUGUGCUUCCUGAUGCUCAUGAAAGGUUUGUUCAUGUGCUUCCUGAUGCUCAUGAAAGUUUGACAAGCCCCUGCCUAAGUAAAAAUCCAUGGGGAAGGUUUCCCUUUACAGGUUUUGUUGCUAUGGUAUCAGCCAUUGGUACACUGAUGAUGGAAGCUAUUGCUACUGGGUACCAUAACAGGUCUGAGCUCAGGAAAUCUCAGCCAGUUGAUGGUGAUGAAGAGAGUGAUCAUGGGGCACAUCAUGCUGGUCAUGUCCAUGGUUCUGCAUUGGUGUUAGAACCAUCAAAUUCGUCAGAGCUUAUCCGCCAUCGUAUCAUAUCUCGGGUUCUGGAGCUUGGGAUUGUGGUUCAUUCAGUCAUCAUUGGGAUAUCUUUAGGUGCCUCUCAGAGUCCCAGAACAAUCAAACCUCUGGUAGCAGCUUUGACUUUCCAUCAAUUUUUUGAAGGCAUGGGCCUUGGUGGCUGCAUCUCUCAGGCCAAAUUCAAGUCCAGGGCCAUUGCAACCAUGGUGCUUUUCUUCUCCCUCACCACCCCAAUUGGAAUUGGUGUUGGAAUGGGAAUAUCAAACAUUUACAAUGAGAGCAGCCCAACUGCUCUGAUUGUGGAAGGGGUUUUCAACUCUGCUUCAGCUGGGAUUCUAAUAUACAUGGCUCUGGUUGACCUUCUAGCAGCAGAUUUCAUGAACCCUAGAAUGCAAGGCAAUUUAAGGAUCCAGCUUGGGGCUAAUAUUUCACUUCUUUUGGGUUCUGGCUGUAUGUCACUCUUGGCCAAAUGGGCCUAAAUGCUUCAAUGCAAUGAGGGCUAGAUGUAUGGUACAUAGGUUUAUCGAGCAAGAUCCUUCUUAGGCAUUGCUCUUUUGUGUGUGUUUUGUUUUGUUUUUAGGUUUCUCUCUGUUUACUUUCAUCUUGAAAUGUCUAGUGGAAAUUUCGUAAAUGUGUCUGUGCAAGGCCCGUUUGGUAA